AUGGAUAACCUCGUUUGUUUAAAGUUAUUAAGAUCCAGAAGGCGGUGGAACCCAAAUGAGAUACACAGUAUUCUGCCCAACGAAUGUAACGACAUAGUAGCUCUGCUUUUCUUCAAAAGGGAAAGUACCUCUGAAGAUAAAGGUCUUAAUUUGAGCUUCAAUUUUUUCAACAGUCGUAAUAGUGCAAAUUUUUUCUUAAACAGUGAUACGCUAAACUGCUUCUGGAUAUAUUGCGACAAGGACACUUUUACAAAAGGGAAAAGUGUGCAACACCAAAUUCCCGUUCUGAUAUCGCAACAAUCUGCAGUUCUGAAUUUCUACAAUUUCACAUAUGUCCAUAAAAUAAAUGCUCACCUUGAAAAUCGAGAAAUUAUAAUUCAAGGUAAUUCUCUUCAGCUCAAUAUUUACAAAGGAGCGCAUACGCAUGCAAGGACAAGUGAAAGGAAUAAGCUGUACAAUUUCUAUAUUUCCUACGAUAGGCUCUUUCGCUUUGUUAUUUCUUUAAAUAAAAAGCUCUCGUUUCUGGAUUCGUUCAAUGAAAAAUUUGUGAAAAUAAUUCCAAAGGAGGAAAGCUCCUUCUUCAUCGUGCUGAACGACAUCGUCUGCAUUAAGCUGAUAGCGAAAGGACUAAGCUUAAAAGUGACAAAAAUAUCAAGCUUGCAAAACAUUCUGAAGAAUGUGAGUCAUUAUAUUUACUUUCAGAAAUGUGUCUAUAGAAAUGACCAGCUAUUCAUUUUAACUCUGACGGCUCAGCAAUUCUUGCUCAUCUUUAAUGGGGGGGAAUCAGCCCACUUGGCAAUAAAUAUAAAUAAGCACUUGAGAACCCUUUUUACCGACUUCGAAGUUAGUCAUGAUCUGUCGCACGUGUUGUUGAUCGACUUGCGCAACCAGAUUUGGUCCCUUGAUUUAGAAAUAUACUAUCGUCUUCAUUUGGGGACUAGGAAAAAUGAAGGCAUUUACACGAAGAAGAAAAAAAUAAAGAACAUUCAAAUUUAUUCGUUACACGCAAGGGUGGAACCAUUCAGGUAUGUAGAAGUUUGCCAAAAUAGGGAUGACGAAAAGAAGUUCCAGUCAGAACAAAAGGAAUGCAUCCAUUUGGGGCGAGGUAAAAGAACGGUGAAGUUCAACUUUGAAUCCUAUUUUCCAGACUCCUUCAAAUUGAGAGAGAAGUGGAUUUACAUAAAUGAAACCUGCAGGAGAGAAAAGGAUAACAAUGUUAUUACCAUAUGGAAUUAUAAAAAUUUGGAGAACUCCAAAUAUGCUUACAUAAUUGGCGAAAUGAAGAAUCGGUGUGGACAAAAAUGGAAGUUCUAUCAAUCUGUCAACCAAGUAGAACCAUCUGAGGAGAACGGGAAGAGCAGCCAUCGGGAAGGUUACACCAGAAUGUUAUAUUUCUACGAAUGGGAGAGGAAACCACCAUAUUACAUGAAUUUUGUAAAUCCUUUUGAUGAAUAUGAUCUAUGCUCCCAUGAAGAUGUAGGGAGCAGUGUUUCAAACUUCUGGGGAUAUGAGCGUUUGGAAUAUAAUAGCGAAGAGUCAAUAGGAUCUUAUGGCGUAAAAAUGGAUUACCACCUUGAGAAGAAGCAUAGUAUUCACGAGAAUGAGGAUAUGUAUAGAAACGUUUCUAGUCGGAGAGGUCGUGAGGUCGUCAACAGAGUGGGAGAGAUAUACGAGGUGAAUGCUAAUAUGGAUAUUCUUAAGAAUGGAAACCCCAUCGAUAGGUAUACAUACCGUGAAGACAAGCACAAGUGCGGCCAAAAAAGCGGAAAUUAUUCGGACUUACAGUUGUACAUCUCCAGUAACGCCUCCACUGCGCACAAAUCAGGGAAUCCCAAUUUAGAGCAAUCCAUAAAAAGAUUUAAUCAGAUACUCCCCCAAUAUAUACAACACAUGCAUGUGUAUGAUAACUUCAUUGAUGUAAAAAAUUUAUUCCUCAUUAAGCAGUUCCUAAAGUGUAAUAAUAAACGUGGAAAUAAUUUGCAGAAGGAGAAGAGAAACAAUUCCUUAUAUGGUAGAAAAGUGAGCUGCGUAAAAUUACAUCUAUGUGGGAAGUACUUUUUUGUUGAACAUGUACAUCAUCCAGUGGAAGAGGGUGGAAAAAUUGUGCGAUACCUAACUGUUCUCAAAAGGGAGGGUAGCAAAAUUGAGUUCCUCUGUAUACUGAAGAAUUACAACUAUUUUUACCUGAACAACAAAUGGCAUGCUCUGAUCCACGUUGAUGAUAUGCUAUGCAAGGUGCUAUUCAAAAAUUACAUGCAUGCUCUAUUCAGUAUCAGUGCCUACAAUGAGAAGGAACAGACAGAGGGAAUUCUAAAAAUAAAUAAUAUCAAAAGGCAUUACCACUACUUCGUCAUGUUAUAUAACGGGUUCUUAAAUAAAGACAUGUUUCUAAUUAGAAAAACAUUGAGAAUACUUUCCUUCAAAGAAACGGUACUUCUAUGCAGAAUGUUAUUUCACUACAUUUGGAGUAACUUCAACAUGGAAAUAAUUUAUUUUUACUUCUUUGAUUAUUUUUCCUUCAUAAAUCAUGUAUGGAAGAAGAAAUACAAACGGAAGAUGGGCAGUUUUAUGAACGUCGUAAAACACAAGAGGGAGUGCAUAGAGAUAUACAUGGCAGUGUCUCUGAGAAAAAUCUCCGACAUAGUUGACGUGAUUGGAAAGAAGUACCUCUGCUUUCAAGAGAGUAAUGAAUUUGAAAAAUCGAAGGUGCAAAACGGGUUUGGGGGAAAUGGUAAGGGUAUACAAAGUCGGGAUAUCUCUGCCUUGCAUAAUAAUAAUAAUGAUAAUAAGGAAAAAAAAACUAUCAAAAUGAAUAUUACACUUUCGAAAGGUACACAGGCGCAAAAGGAGAAUUUGAAGGACUGCUCCGAAAUAUUGAACAAGCAAAAUGGAAGCUCCCUCAUUCCUCAGAGUAAUUCUCCAAAAGGUGGAGCCUUCGAAGAAGGCAAUUUCACUCACCCCACGGCGAAGAAAGAGAUGCAGGGGAAAGCAGAACUGGUAGUGGAUCCACCUAAGGACAUCCCGCGUUGUAAUAACUCGACGGAACUGACGAAGAGUCCCGCACAAGAGGGAAAUAAACCAUCCAGGUGCAGACAACUCAGCUCCGAUAUAACGCCUUUCGGGAAUAGAACCAAACCUAUCACAGAUGGUAGCAGCAUUAGUAACAACAUCACAAACAUCGCCAACAACAAUGACAACAGCAAAUAUAUAAAAAUAUUUCUUAUAUACUACUUUGAAAAGCUGUGCUUACGAGAUAACUACAAUUUAUUUUUGAAUAAAAAGUACAGCAUUGAAAUGUGCUCGCUGACUUUACAUUUUAUCAUCUCAUUUAUAGAUCAUUUUGUAAACAAAAAAGGAUCCAAGGGGAACAAUACCAGAAAAAAGAACAAUGCAAUAUUUCUUGAACUUAAUAAAUAUAUAUACUUUGGUAAACUCUUGAUGAAUGUACUUCUAAGCAAUUAUGAAAAGAAAGUAGAACAAACCUGCAGAAGAAAUGUAAGUCGGGGAAAUGUCUGGGCCGAUAUGAAAUCUUUUCAAAUUUCCAAUGGGAAAUUGCACGAACCCAAUUUUCUCAGUUCCAUCUACCUUAAUGUGUACAGUAUGUAUGAUUCGAUAACGCAAAUAUUGUACGUAAAAAAAUCUGCCUCCGAUAAGAUAGGUAAGCUCCUUCAGGGAGAUGGCACUCUGGACAAUUCUAGCAGUAGAGUUAAACCAAAUGUUUACGAGGAUAAGGUGUCAGAGGAUGAGACGACUCCUCCGCUGAAAAGUAAAAGUGAUAAAAAAAGUACCAAGUGGAAUGAUGAAGAGUCGCUACCCCCUGAUGAGUCGUUCCGCACUUCUAAUGGAGGAACUUACGAAAUGGUGGGUAAACCAAACACAAUUUGUGCAGAAGAAAGAAGCGUAAAAAUGAGUGUUCCUUCUAAUUCUGAUGGUUCUAAACUAAUUAUAAGGGAAUGCAAUGUUGGGAUUAGCAAAUCUGUUCAUGGGGCGUACAUCACAUCAAAUAAUAAAAUGGACAAUACUGAAAGCAUUAGGAAUCUCGUUUUUUACCUGUGCUACUGCUUUAUCGUCACUACAAAGAGGAAGAAGAAGACGCUUCCAUACUUUUAUAUGAAAGAUGUCCUAUACAGAGAAGUCGCUACUUCGAAUAAGCUACUUUGUGCCGAGCAGCCCUUCGAUAGUAUCAUUUAUGACAUACUCAAGAGCAACGAUUUGAGUACAGUUAUUUAUUACAUAUACAUGAAGAAGUAUGAAUUCUUUUUGAAUUUUCUGCUUCUAUAUUUUAACUAUAACCUGCUGCACAAUUUUUUGAAAAGCAGUCGGGACGAUUUCGUGAGAAACUUCACCUAUUGCUUUGCUCGGGGUGGUGCGAACCGCGAGGAAAAUCAGGUCAUUUCGAAGGACGUUCUCCAGGGGGAGAAGAAGAAGCCUAUCACAGAUAUGAAUACUAAGCAUACAACGGAGAAGACAACGAAUCUGUCAACGAAGCAGUCAACGAAGCAGUCAACGAAUCUGUCAACGAAUCUGUCAACGAAUCUGUCAACGAAGGUGAAGAUAAAGAUAAAGGUAAAGACAAACGAACAGACUAAGGAGCGGAAGGGAGUGCAUGACGCACUUUUCAACAAACUCCUAAGCGCCAUUAUAAGCGACUCUGGAAUUACAAUUAACAGGGGGGAAAGGCACAACUGUAGCGCGUUUAUUGAUUAUAUGUCCAAGGCUCAGGGGGAUAACUCUUCACUAAUUGGCAACCAAAAUGAAAGGGUGAUUAUUCGCAAUAGCGGGAUUGCUCCUUCCGAGGGAACUGCUACUACCUUGUGGCACUCUACCAAUGGGAUAGCAAACAGGGGUUACGAGCCAAAUGGAGAAAUUUGCUGCACAGAUAAAUGCUCAGUUAAGGGAAACCACAACAAGGAUGAAGUGCAAAGGGGUAAAAUGAACUCCACAUCAAAUCGUGUCUUUGCAGAACUUCCGAUGAUUUCCCCUCAUAAAAUGCAAUUGGAAGAAAGGAAGCACACAUUGAAGAACAGCAUAUUGCAGAUAUACCAAAUGUACGACACCCUGAAUGAUAGGUUCACAAAAUUAGAAAAUGAAAUUCAAGUGAAAGAUAUAAACACAUUUUUGCAUUUUCACAACGAUAUAAAAAGAAUUUUAAAGAAGAACCUAGUAAGUGUAAUCAUGGAGGUAUACAAAUUAGUGAUGGAAGAUAAAGUGGAGUGUAAUUCUUAUUUCAAGGGUAACGUAAUGAAUCACCUGGUGAGUAAUGCGAAUAUUCCAUUUUCCUACAUCCAUUUGAACCCGCACAAAAUGGUGAUAAAUUAUUAUGGAGCUAUCAUAUAUAGGCUACUAUGCAACAAUAUAGACACCUAUCUGAACGUGUGUGUACGCAUAUUAAAAGUACUAUGUGUAGAUGUUUUGAAAUUUUUAAAAAAAAUUGCCCUAAAUACUUUGAAGAAAUAUAUAAGAAAUAAGUUACUCCUAUUUUUGCGUAGGAAUGGGUGCACAUUUAAUGUAGCGGAUAGAAGGGCCAUCAAAUUUGUGGCUAUUCUGGAACUCUUCUACAAAAAUAGUUCCUACGUAGCUCAGCAUAACAAUGCAUACACAGAUUAUAUGUUAAACAGAAAUGUUUUUAAUCUUUAUCACAGUGCACCCUUUUUAGAUGCAUUGAAGAGGAAACUGCACCAUAGUGGUUACAACUAUAUUCAUGAGAUAAUAUACAAAGAGAAAAACCCCUUGAAGGUUCUUACUCUCCUUAACAUGUUCGAUCCGUCUAACUCUAACCUGUGGAACGCCCUUUUUGUCAAUCAUUUUGAUAACGCCUCGCAUUUGUAUGUACCGUUCGUUAUUCAGAAUUUUUUCAAUACGUACUACGUGCAGAGCUCGAGCAAAAAAAGGGAAAAAAUAAAGGACAGAAAAAGAGAAAACAAAAGGGAAAGUAGAAAGACGCACUUCCAAGGUCCAAGAAUCAUUUUAAACCAUUUUCCACUAAAUUGGAUAAAUACCAAACGAAGGGACACGAGGAUAUGUUCCCUAGUGCGGAUGAAAAGGGGUUACUUUAUCAAAAUAUCGUACAAUGUUACAAUGGACGGGAAACUGCGUCACACACGUAAGAACCAAGUGGUUAUACGUAGGUGCAAUAAAAGGGGAUUACAUAUUUGGAGAAGAAAAAGGAAAUUAAAUAUGCAGACAAAUGAGUACAUCAAAAUGUGUGAACCACGUCAUGCGACAGAUUUGUUCUUCGAAAAUUUGGAAAGAAUACCCCUCGAAGGGAAGAAACAAAUGAUUAAUAUUAUGUCCAAUUGGGGGGGAGCAGAUGGGAAUGAUAUCACCCCAGGGUGGAGUGUUCACUCUGGUAUGCAGAUUGAGAAAGGCACAAGAAUUACAUCAAAUGAAGAAAUACCAUUUGGUUCUACAAUGGUGAAUGCUUCUAAAGGCCAACCAAAGAGGAAUCCCAAUUUGGAACAGAAACAUUCGAACAAAAUCUCCAGUUGCUAUUACACAAGCAGGAAAGGGAAUAACAACAUUGUGACAUUUAAAAUGGCAAAAAAUUGGAUGAAAUUGAAAGGGGAGGAAGUAGACGACUUGACAAUUAUCAGUUACAAAAAUUUUAGCAGAAAUAUUAUUAGCGAAAGGAGUAAUAUGCUGUUGAAGAAAAAAGACCCAUACAGAAGUUGCGAAAAAAAAGGGAAAGGAUACUAUAUUAAUUUUGAAAACUACGACAACGAAUGCUACUGCUUCACUUGUGUCGAUACACAGAUAAAAAGAGGAGAAGAGAAAGGUAAAAAAGAAGGCAAGCAAAUUAUUCAGGCUGAUUAUAAUUAUAGCAAUGUUGAUUCGGUUGAUGAUUUUGUAGUGCACAAUAAUCAAACUAUAGAAACCAUCUCUGAAAUUGCCCACAAAGAUAGAAUUGCUGCUAAUGAGAGAAAUAUGAAAAGUGCAUACAUAAAUGACACGUUUAUAAUUGAAGAGAGGGACAAGGGAACCCCCGAAGACAUGUUCACUCUAAGAAACAAAUCGGGGGAGAAAAUCCCUCACGCAUGUGUGAGAUGUGAAGAAGAGGGUGAACAAUCAUUCGGGACAUUAGCACAAUUUGAAAAAAACCACAAAGGGAAACACCCUAUUGGAAAGCGUUAUUACCGAUUAACCCCGUGCGAUUUCCGUAACAGUGGUUCCUACCUGUGUUGCUCCAUAGACAUGUUAAAAACUGUAAACAGAAACAUCAUGAUUAGAAUUAUUCUACAAAAUAGGGGCAUGAAUUUUCUAUACUUCCUUAUGAAAUAUUUUGCCAAGAAGAGGACUCAAAAAUGGUUUUCACAAGGUGGGACGUACUCCCUGGAGGGGGACUUUACCAUGGUGAGAAACGAAACAGGGGGAAACGUUCAUCAUUUGAAGAGCUCUAAAAGGGGGAGAAUUUUUUCCCCCCUUUCACCACUACAAGGGGGAAAACUCUCCAAUCAUCCUGUUGUUCUAAAAAAUGCAAAUGUCAAAGUGGAAGCGGAGAAGGAGGGGCACGUUCGAGAGAAGCAACACCUUCGGGAAGACAACCCAAUUUACAAAAGAGUACUUUUAAAAAAUAAACGUGGAGAAAAAAAUAAAAUAAAGGCAAAAAAUUUAUUCUACGAAUUAAUCAAACUUAUGAACAUAAAGUCGUAUAACUCUCGUUUUUUUUUGCACAUUCUGGAGUACUACGCGGAUAACAGUGACUUGUCUGCGCUGUUCAUCCUUCUACAAACGUUAAAACAUUUUACCGAUAAUUUUUUCAAAACGAUUCACAAGUCGCCUGAGUUCAAUUUUUACGAAAGGCUUAAAAUUGGGAAGAGCAUCCAUCGGGUAGGUAGCAAACAAGGUGAAUAUAGAAAACAUCAUCUGGGAGUACAGUCCAAAGUUGUGGAAGGGCCUCAAAAGAGGAGUGGACAACAGCUGGAUGAAUAUGAAAAAAGUUUUUUAAAAAUAAUAAGUUACAUUCAAAAUAGGCUCCGAAAUGAGUGCACACCUUACAUUUACAAUUUUGUCGAGUCAGUAUUGGAGGCACAUGGGAUUUUCCUUUUAAAAUUUGACGCAUUAUAUAACGUAAAAAUUUUGCAUCAUUCCUCUGGUAGUGAAAGCAUCCCCGAUGUGGCACCAAAUGGGGAAUUCGAAAAAAGGAGCAUAUUAAAUAAUUUUCCUAAGGUGGAGGAAUCAGUAAAGCACCACCUUUUCCGUCUUAGUGGCUCCGAAAGGUGCGCUAAAGAUACACACAUCUGCUACUCCCUGAUGGUAAAACUGAGCAGGAAUUUCCUAUGUUUGAAUUAUCCACCAUACGAAAAUGAUAGAAGCAAAUUUAAGACCGAUAUAUCUGUCAGAAAGGAUAGCAACCUCUUACAGUACAGACAAAAGUACCUAACGUGCAACCGGGUGAACAAACUCCACAAGUACAUUUUAACCUACCUGUUGGGAAAUCAAAGCUACACAGGAAUAUACUUCUUCAUAUUGAUGAAUAGCAAUCUAUUUCGAUCUUCAAAGAAUUGCAACUAUUUAGUAAAGGAGCUUUACAAAAGAGAGCAUCGUUUUUGCUUCUUUAGGAGAUCCUUGGAUUCACACCUGCGCUAUUUACCUUGCUACAUAUAUUCCCAACUGCGCAACAAUUUGUUAGCUCUGUCUUUGUACAAUUUGGCGGACAUACUUUUGCAAGACUGGGAGGAGUUUACCGCAAAAGGCAAACCCGCCAAAAUGGUUAAUGUAAAAAAAAACACUGGGAAAAAACAAGUUCAGUGCAUCAAAUUUAGGUCCUCUAAUGAGGGGUCUAUCUCACGAAAGGUGUCAACAGACGAGGUUCGCCGCGGUAAGGCACUACUCCAUACGCAAGAGGGAAUAGAUUCGCCAAUAUGCUCUCGAAGAAAUGCUCCUUACAACGUGAACCAAGUAGCAAGUGAACACAUGUCAGGGGAAGGACUAGGGCAAUCACAUCAGGAGGAUGCGGAAGGAAUCAACUUCAUUCUGAAAUGCAUUUUGAGGAGAGACAAGGAUCAAAUUCCCUUCAUAUCCCUUCACGUGUUGUGCUUUCUCAAUUUUAAGUUAUUUAUUUGCAUCUUCAUGUUUAGCAAUGUGGACAUCUUUGACUUGAAGAGAAAUAAAGAAAAUAGUCCAACUUAUGUAAAUAUAUAUUUUUUUAAAAAAUUAACAAAGAAGUUUAUGCCUUCUGUGUAUGAAGCGUACUUUGGAAGGAAAACUCUUUUGAAGGCCAAAUUUAAAGCCAAGUUGGAAGAGGAAAAGAAUCAAAAUAAGGACUUGUUCAAGUUGGCCAUUCGGAAUUUAGAGAAAUAUUCGGAGAACUACCUCAAAUUGGGGGCGCAGGAAAAUACACAUAAGAAGAGGGAAUUGUGCAACAAAAUAAGGAACGGCUCUCACAGCCUAUGCUUCGAAAACAUACCAAUAGUCAACAAGCUGUGCACUUCUCACUGCAACCGCACGGAUAAGAAGUCCAACUUGGUAGAGAUAAUCUCGAAGAUGAAAAAACGCACAUGUUCUAAGAGAAAAAUCCAUGAUUCUGUGAUGCAGUUCGAACACUGCUAUGAUUUUUUCACCUAUAACAAGGACCUGUCAUUAAAUAAAUUGCUACAACAGACCGUGGACGAAACGUUCUUUAAAACCCACUUUUGCCCCUUUUCCAUUUUUAAAAAUAUUUUUAUAAGCGACAAAGAUAACCCUUCAUUGGAAAGUAUGGAUGAAGCUGCUUCGAAGGGAGGAGAAAUAAAAGAUGGCCUUGAUGGAAAAGCACUUUCAAAAAAGAAGCAGCGACAUGAGGCGUAUCGCCUAUUUUGUAGUAACCCCCUUUCUGAAAAUAAAAGGUUGAGGAGAAUAUACAACUAUAGGACAUUUUUUUCGGACGUGAGGAGAGGCCAAAAGACAGACCAUUACAUGAAUUAUGUGACAAAAAUUAAGGGUGAUGAGCUAAAAGGGGGGAAAUUAAAAAGCACAAUGAGGAAAUCAACCCUCUGUUAUGGACAGGGUAAAUGUUACUAUGAUGGUAUGUCUGAAGAUCCCUGUAAACUUGGCCAGAAUUACUGCAACCCUGUCAGCAAAAACCGCUUUUAUUUUUUAAAAUAUUUUCAUGUCAAGCAUUUCCUGAUUUCGUGCCAGCCCUUGGUAGCAUACCACAUACUGAUCAUUAACCAUGUCCACUACAAACAUAGAAGUGAAGGAGACUUAUCAAAAUAUCUAUAUAUAAAUAACUUCGACACGAAAUCGUGCAACGAUUAUCUUUUAAAUAGCAAGGUUCACUUACCCCUAAAUUUAGCAAAAGGUCUAAAGGAUGUUAUUAGGGAUUUAUGUUUGCAGCUUAGUAUAUUUUACUUUAACAAUAAUGAUGUUCUGUGUUCAUUGCUAUGCUUCCUACAUCUGUGUAAUGUCAACAUUGAAAAGGUUAAAAUGUACAUCCUUUCCAUGAAGAGUAUAUAUUAUUACUUUAAAAAGAAUUAUAAGAGGAGGACCUUCUUCGAUAAGUGGGUAAAGAACUGUGUGGAUUUCCUCAAAAUGGAUAAAUACAACCUUGAUGAUUUUUUCAAACAGAGGAAAAACAUAUUCUACGAAAGUUUUAACCUCACGGAUAUCAAUUAUUAUGAUUUAUUUGAAAAAAGCUUCAUUGAAUUGAUUGUCAUUAAACUUUUUUUAGAUCUCUUCAAGGAGGGAUCACAAACAGAUGUGGACGUUGCUCACCCGAAAAGGGCAAAUAAAUGGAUCACGCAAAAUAGCAUCAGCACCAGUGAAACGUUGAGUCUUCCACGUAAGAAAGACGAAAAAGGGGUAACAGCUAUGGAAAUGCCAAUUGGAGAUAAGUACACAUAUAUAGAAACGCGUACGAACAAGUGUGGUGGGAAUGGUAAAUGCGACUUGUCCGUUUUGCAUAGAACGAACACAGAUAAGUUACUAUCCCGUGAAGGGAAUAAACCUAGUCCAAGAAGCAUCAACAAAAGGAAUGAGAACAUAGCCAUUCCCGAUGAAGAUGAGAUGGUCCAGAGAGAAAACAUAAAUGAAUACAAUAUGAAGGAGAUUCAACUAGGAACGCAACGCAACAGUGCAGGGGUAGGAGCAGAUUAUUACACAACGAAACCGGAGUCGAAAAAUAUGUUUAUCCUAAUUCUGCUAGAGAAGUCCAUACAGUAUAGGAUCAAAGAGAAGAAGAAGAAAAAAAAGAAAAAAAAAUACUUUAACGAUUUCUUAAACAUUAUUUCGCUCUACUGCAAAUUGAACAAUGUGCACCAGCCCCUAACGUUGCUACACAUUUUGAGCAAAAAAAAUGACAUUUUUAUAUUCUUCUACGAAUGUAUUGAUAAAAAUAUUGACAUUAAGACAUGCCAAGACAUUGUGAAUUUAUACACAAAGAAUAAGCACACCAAAAGGCACAUACUCACGUUCUUAAAUCAUGUUGAAAAAAAUAUGAACAAAAUAAUGAAGUAUCAAGCGAAGGACAGGGCGCACAACUUUGAACACCAAACUGGAGAAUCACAAAGCCUUGUAAGUAGGGAUAACUCCAAAGAUCAAACACUCCAUAAUGAUAAUAGUGCACACAAAUCUACCAACGCACUGCUGCAAAAGAUACAGAGAGUCUUCACGGGGAAUAUGCAUUUUUACAAUGGAGAAAGUGGCACAAUCCAUGGGGGGAAAAGAGUUCUGGAAUUACUCUACCAUUUGAUUUACAACAAUUAUGACUACAGGCGUGUGCAGAAUGCUGUAGAAAUUGUUAUCAGGCAUAAUAUGUAUUACACGAAAUUUUACAUAUACCUCACGGCAUACGUCCAGUUUAUUUUUAGAAGUAAUUUUCCUUAUCUAUUCUUGGAUAGGUGCAAAAGAGCAGUAGCAGUAAGUUCCACCCAGAAGCAUCUUAAGCUUACCCACCUGAACACGCAUGAGAAAAUCUUUGGAAGGAAAUUUUACUCAUAUGAUCAUCUGCGGAAUUUUAUAUUUUUUUUUAAAAGAAAAAAAGCAGAAUAUAGCAACAUAAAGGUCAUGUUAAAGAACGUGUGGUUUUACCUACAAAUUAGUGGAUAUCUAUUAUACCUCAAAAAUAUGCAACUCUUAAAUAUGGAAAAGUUAAAAUAUUACAACUGUGUGCAUAAUUUAGGGGAAUACCAAGUAAAGAGGAUGGAUGUCUUUUUCGAUGUGAUGAAAAAAAAAGAAACAACAUAUGUGCUAAUUUUUUUUCUCCUUACGAAUGGUAUAUACAAUUUACUGGACAGAUUUCUCUACAUCUUUCAUUUUGACAAACCCAUAGUUUGCUUCUGUAAUUUUGUUCGAUCUGUUCGUGAAUGUCACUUUGACCGAGCAUUGCAUUAUCUGAAGAAGCAUUACAACAAGUACGUUAGGAGAAGGUGCACAAAUGGAAACAAUCUAUACUAUUUCUUUUUCAAGGAUCUUGUAAAUUAUCUCUUGAUGGAGCGACCCAGUAUAAGACAUAUUAUUCUGGAGAUGCUCGUACGAACAAGGCAAGACUGCAAAUAUGAUUUUGCCUUUUAUGCGCAUAACGCUCUGGUGGACGUGAAACUGGACCUUGACUUGGACCUGAGGGAGGAUAUCCAUUUAACUAUUUUCGAUGCAUGCGUAGAAUUAGCAGAUACAAACAAAUUUGAGAGGGCCCAAAAAAUGCUUAGUGAUAUUCAUGCGUCUAUAGAAAGGACCUCCUCCAAAUAUGCCUUCCCGUACAACAAGGGGCACAUCACAUUGAGCAGAUUUUUUCUGACCCAUUACACAUGUUUUAGAAACUUUUUAUUUAUUAUAAAUCAGAAACCAUACAUGGAAGACUACAUAAUUGCGCUGUAUAAUGUGUCCCUAUCAUGGGGAUACUCGAAGGUAAUUUUCCUCACCUUUCUUUUGAACUACUCAUACACAUUUCAAUCCAAGUUAAGUGUCUACGAUCAGACGACAAUUUUGCUGGUCUGCAUAUUGCUCAUAAAUAUGUUAAGAAAAGAAUCCACUCAGGUAUGCGAAAGGCUUACUAAAAAAAAAAAAAACAUCUUACUCUACGUGGAGGAAAAGAUACUAUCAAGUAAAAAGCUUCUUAGGAGAAACUCUAAAGGUGGAAGGACAAAGGAAUCUAUAAAAAAGAUGUCGAAGAAGAAAUGCCCUGCGCUAUCCAUACUGAACUUCCUCCCCCUUAAUAAUGAAGAAUGCGAAAAUUUCUUUUUAUUUAAAGAAUACAAUGAGAAUAGAAAAAAAUAUAUAAAAUGUCAUGAGGGCACCUUUCCCAACUUUGAAGCAGACCAUGAACAUUUUCAGUUCCGCGACCAGCUUUACGACUACGAGCAGAAGUUCUUCCGCAAUUUUGAAAGAAACGUACAAAUUGUUAAGCACUUGUGUGUAAAUAAGAAGACAACAAACGACCUGAAAUUGAAAGUAUUGUAUCUGUUGAACCUAUCAACAAGGGAUAAAAUUUCUAUACAGUUUAACCAACUUAGUAUACCUCAGAUAAAAUGCAUUUUAAACAAAAUCAGAACGCUCAGAAAUAAAAAUAAUGUGGUGCAUGUACACAACAUCACUAAAUUGGAAAUUCCCCUAUGUGGAGUUACAACAGAGCGGCAGUUAAAACGGAUAAGUCAAUUUUGCAGAGAGGAGAAAGUAUCAAGUCGUGAAAAUGUUAAUUACGUGGGGGGUACAGAAAAAGGUUUUCUAUUACAGUACCCUUGGGUAAAGAACUUAUAUGGGCAUAGCACCAUGCGCACGAGGAAGCCUACAGAAGAUUUCGCUAAUCCUCAUGAUCCCUCGACAUACGGCAAGGAAAAGGAAACUAUAUACUCAGAAUGUGGUGAUCUAAUCCAUAAUCAAGGAAAGGAGAUCGGAAAGGAGAUCAGAAAGAAGAAACAAAAACAAAAUGGCUCAUAUGAUGAAAAUUUUCUUUUCAGAGAAAAGAGUCAUAAAGGACUCGCAAAAUAUAAUGACAACAUAACAAAUUUGGUAAGCAUUUUUAUAUGUAUAAAUAAUUUAAUUAACAAUUUUGAUGUGAUCACGGCGCAGCGGAUAGUAGACAAGUUUUCCAUUUUGGGCAUAUAUAAGGAUAUAAAGAAGGCGGAAAAUAUUAUGCUAAAAGAAGACGCGCCCUGGAAAGAGUCAUUUCGACAAAACAGAAAAAAGGGCGCGAAUGCACGUAGAAGUGAUCUAAAUUGCGAUGCCAAACGGGAGAAGGGAAAAACAAAUGUACACAGAGGGGAGGUAUCUACUUGGAUAGAACCGCCAUCCAUUUUUGACGUAUGUCUAAACGAUCGAAACGAUGAGAAGUGGCCAUCCAUUUAUGAUCCAUUUAGAAAAGUAAGAAAUUAUUCCCUUUUUAAUAAGAACGAUAUUGAUGUGAAGAAAAAUCUGGAAACAAAGCUAAACAUGAAAAAUGGCAAGUCUCAUCUGCUCAUUGAUGAUAUAUAUAAGUACAUUUAUUAUAACUCGAUUUAUGCCCUCGUUAUAUAUUAUUGUUUGUGUAAGGGCUGCGAAUCGGGGGGGCAUUUAACAAAAUUGUUAUCCCUCAAGAAGAGAAAAAGAACUUCCAACUGGUUGGAGUACCUGCUUGAAAGUGCGAAAAAAAAAUGCAGUUGUGAUAUCUAUGCAUUUAUACUAAAAUCGGAAUUAUUACUUACAGUUAAAAGGCGAAUCUGUGGAAUAAAUGGGCUUAUAUCAAGACCGAUGUUGCAUCAACCAAAUGAGGACUUCCCCCUAUUAACAUUAUUCUUUUACCUUCUAAAGAAUUCAGUUAGCCUAAAUGGAACGAAGGAGUUCGAUGCAUCCAUCGUAUUGAAAUUCACUUACUUGUUUAGACGCAAUAUGAAUAUCCUUGCUACAAAUUUACUGAUUUAUCAUAACUUUAUUUUACUCCUUUUAAGUAGUUUCCAAAAAUACAGUUUUCGCGAAUGUCUAGAUAAAGGUAGCGCCACUGAGAGUGGUAAUAUAGCUAUACCUCUUCAGAGGUGCACUCGGGGGAGGAAAAAUGAGAAGAGGAGGUAUUCGCAUUCGCAGAAUGAUGUCGCGAAGAAUGCCACAGAGAAGAGACAACGCGCAGAUAGAAUUUUCCUUUACCAUGAAUGCUCCCACAAGUUCUUCAGUGACUACACAAAUUUGAUAUUGUCCAAUUCGUGUAAGUGGUUAUGUGGGAGGUGCUACUUUAGGAGUCUAUUGGAUGUCUACUUCUACCUGUUGCGCAUGAUGAUAAGGAAUAGGCGAAAAAGGGAAGGGCCAUGGAGUACGAGAAAACGCGGAUUCUACUAUCGCCAAGGGGAUAUUCGCAAACUUAUGGAGGGUAUCAAAAAAGGAGAACCAAAUUUUGCAAAAAAAUUAUGUUCUAACCUCAUUUGCUUCUACCGAAAGCAUUGCAUAGUUUUACCGGCAGAAGUAGAAGUAGAGGUUAUUAUCUUCUUAUACAAACUUGCUUGCAAAUUCACAUCACAGCGGCACAUCACUUACAUUAUAAAUUUGAUAAAAAUGAGAAGGCAAUAUUAUGUAAGAAGAAAAAAAUGGUACCUUAUUUUUCGACUUUUGGUAAAUAUAAACGAGUAUGACAAAUUACACUUCCUUUUUAAACUACUCUUCGAAAAUAUAUCCAUUUUUGAUUUUUUAAAAUAUAGCAGAAAUAUAUUUUUGUCACUGAAUGUAUACAAUUUCAAUUGCGAUCUUAGCGUUUCGCUCAAUAGCAGCUGUUUAUUGUACAACCAGACAUUGUGUAAAUUCGGUCCCCCACGUGGCGUGAUAAAGGAGUAUUACCGUGCAGAUCGGCAGUCUGGGGCAAGUGCGCCAGGUAGUGCCACCCAAAGGGUAGAGAACAACUCGGAUAAUAAUGCGGAUUCAUAUAAAACUGUCAUUAGAAGAAGCAAUAAUGAUCAGUCGAAUGUGAGGAACGUCAGUAGCAGUGCCAAUAAUCGCGUGAAUGAUCGCGCCAGUAAUAACGUUCUGCAACGCACUGGAAAAAUGAAAAAGGAAAAUUUGUUGCACCUACUGAAUGCCAUGCACGAUUUGUACAGGAAAGAAAAACGGGAGAAAAAAAGAGCAGAACAAAAUCAAGUAAACAUUUCGUACAACUUUAAAGGAUUAAAAUUCUCAGAUUUGAUCAAUUUUUACGAAGAGAAUUACGUCAAAACAUUUGAAAAGAGAAAGAUGAUCCCCUCUGCUUCUCCCUUUAUAUUUUAUGAUGACCACUUGUUUGUCUACAUAUUGUCCUUCUACGUGGUGCAGUACUGCAAAAAGUUCUCUAAAUGCGACAUGGAAAUGUUAGCAAAGGUUUAUAAGGAAGUGGGACUGAAGCAUGAGUUGUACGAACUGCUAAGUCGGGAAGCGAACAAAUGUGUGCAAAGUUUGAAGGGAGAUAAGGAAGUGUUUGACCUACUGCAUGUUCGUACAAUAAUCGUUUGCAUAAACCUGCUACACCAUUGCGCUCUCAUAUUACUAGAAAUGGACAAUUUAUAUGAGUACCAUACCAACUUGAACGACAUUUACCUUUUAAUUUUGCAGCUCAAAUAUGUUUAUCUGCACAAUAAGCUACAUUUACAACAACAGAAAGGCAGCAAUUUCUUAACUUAUUUCGACAAAUGCAUUGUUUUCAAUAAUUUGGGGCAUAAAAAAUUAUACGAAAAGAAUUUUGAAAAGAUGUUUGACCACGUCGUGCAGGAGAACAUUCCGAUUGGCAACUACAAAAUAAACUUCCUCAAUUUAGGUCUUGAAGAUUUUAUUUCUUUGGUGGAGCAACACCCUGUGUUUUACGAGACGCUGAUUUUGUUGAAGGCGUACGAAAAAAAUUACGACGAUCUGGUGUACGCCUUUAUCCCCAAAAUUUUAUACAUUCAGGUUAUCCUUCACGACAAUAAAAAAUAUUUAAGGGACUACUGUUCCUACAGUUGCAUCGACAACAACACUAUAAAAUAUGUGGCUAAGUUGUUUCAAAUUAACAGUAUUCAUUUAAAAUUCCAUAAAAAAUUUCCAACCGAAAAGUAUAAGUAUUUCACUGCCAAGAACGACGUGCUGGCAUUUGAUUUUUCUCGAUAUAUUUUAUCCGCGAUAAAUAUACAACCCACGCAAGACGCGGAAAGAAAAAUAGCAUGGGACUAUACCCAUCACGUGCGUUCGUUCAAGCACCUGUUGAGGCACACAAGCAAUAUCGAUUUGAAAAUGAAGGUUUGCAAAAAGCUCGGAUCCGACUUUGAUGAUUUGUUUUGUGAAUGCAGGAACAUUUUGAACUUAACGAUGAACUAG